UAGUCGCCCUCUUGGGAGAACGUAUAUACAUAUGUGUAGUCGAGUCUGUCAGUAAUUCGUAAAGUCAACGAAAAAUGUCCUGUAUUUGCCAAUUCCAUACGCCAGACGAGGAGACACCAGUGCCUGCUCCACUUGAUACUACUGAUGAUGCCCCCUUACCAACGAGUUCGACAAACGAUGCUGCCAAAGAACCACAAGAAUCAAACGCUUUCAAGACCGCAGUGUCGGCCUCCGCUCUAGCUGACUGUCGUUCAGAGAAUUGGCUACUUAAGAAGAAGUUGCGGGAAUACGAGGUUACCAUUGAAAAUCUGGAGCAGCUGGUGACCACUAUAGUUGAGAAGCAGCAUCAGAUCUUAAGCGAAAUGUUUUAUCUCCGUAAGGAGAACCAAGAACUGCAGACCGAAUGCCAUCUGCAACGCGAAUAUCACUCAAUGGAGAGGAAUGCGCUGAUGAGGGAGCUGCACGACGCUCAGACUUUGUGCCGCAGUCGAAGUUUUCUAUUGGAAAGUAAGAGUGGUUCGAGCUCAAAGCCUAGAGCUCCACCUUUUAACUGCGAAUCCCCUCAUGGUGCAGAUGCAUACACGAGUGAAUCUGAUCAGUGUGACAACGGUUGCGGCAGCAGUGAAGAUCAGGAAUCGGAUCGCGAAGAAAAUUUUGAGGAACUCUCAGUUUCAAGUUUGACGGAAAGUUCUGAAAAUUCUGCACAUGAGGGAUCAACAUCGGGUGACCAGGAGUCGGAUGACAACAGAUCUCGCGAUGACGAAAGCAAUGAUGAUGAUACCAUUAGUAACAGUGACUCGGACUAAAGCUAAGUGUAUAUUUUUCUGUAUAAGUACUUCUUAUCUUUAAAGUUAUUCCUUACACCA